AUGCAGUCUGUUCAAAGAAUUAGAUUACCAAGUGUCAAUGACAUUUUCCCAAAAGUUGAGAAUCAAUUGAUAAUGAAUCAACAGUGUUAUAAUGUACAGGCUAAUAUGAUUCAAUCAUCUCCGAUUGAGAUGCAUCAAAAUUAUUCAUUACAACAACCUCAAGUUACUUAUACUCUUGCACCACAAGUUUCAGCUAAUUUACCACAAAUUUCUCAACAACAACCAGCAACUGCAGGUCCAAUUGCUCAACCUAUUCCAUAUUAUCCUCAAAAUUCAAUACCUAUACACCAUCAUCCUCAUCAACAUUUACCUCCAGCUUCAAUUACUCCAUCAAAUUCACCAAUCAAUUAUAUCAAUACUGGUAAUAAUAUGGGGAAUACACCACCACCAUAUAAUUAUCAUCAACCUCGUCACAACGGUGUUAUAAUGGGGUCUAUUAUCAACUCACAGAAUAAGUACAAGAUUUCUAAAAAUUCAGUUACAAGACAAUCAAAUGCAUGGAGUGCAAAUGAUGAUGAAUUAUUAAAAUAUUUAAAAGAAGUUAAAAAUUUGGGAUGGAGAGAAAUUUCAAUGUAUUUUGAAAAUAGAACUGCAAAUGGUUGUCAAUUUAGAUGGAGAAGAAUUGUUGCCUUAUCAAAACAACAAGAGAAUUAUCAACAUACAAUUAAAAGAACUGAUUUACAAAAUACAGAGAGUAGAUCUAAUUCUCUGGAAAGUUUAUUGAAUUGA